CACCGACCAACACAUCCCGUUUCGUGUCCGCGUCUUCGCACGUGGCUCGGGUUCCAAGGAUUUACUACGCCAAAGGCAGGCGCAGGCGGAAAUAGGUGAAAAGUGCAAGUGCAGUUGACGUCGUGAGCACAGUCAGUCGAUCGAAGCACACAGCGUCGAGCUGCGUCGAGUGAAUCGUUGCGAAAGAAAGUGCAGCCGGUCCAUUCUCGUGCCCUGACCUGACUUUGAGUGGUCUGGAAAAACAGGAAAAUCGUGUGAAGCGUGCAGAAGCGUGAUCACCACCGGGGCAACCGAUAGAGGAUACCGGUGCACCGCUUCAGCGAAAGGAAGGCCAGCUUUCUACUUUGUUUCCACCCGUUCCGCGGAAUUAGCAAACAAAGCAGCGGCAGAAGCAAAACGAUGGCCGUUUCGUGGAAAAGAAAUGCUCUUUUACUGAUGACGACCCUACUGAUGAUCGGUUUGGCCAGCGGCCAGCGACAGGACCAGGAGGAUCCGUGCAAAACCAAAUCGAAGGUGGUCGGCGACGUGACGUACUGCGAUCGCUACUGGGAGUGCAUCAACAAUCAGCCGGAGCUGUACGAUUGCCCCAACGGGCUGGUGUUUGCCGGCAAGCACCGUGGAGUCACCGAAGGUUGCGAUUACCCGUGGCGAUCGGACUACUGCGAGGGCAAGCAGCUGGCAAACGGUCCGAUCUCGACCGAGCACUGCGACUGGCUGUACGGCAUCUUCGGGCACGAGACGUCCUGCACCCGGUACUGGACCUGCUGGAAUGGGACCGCCACCGAGCAGCUCUGCAUCGGCGGCCUGCUGUACAACGAGAACGCGCACAGCUGCGAUUGGCCGGAAAACGUUGACGGAUGCCAGAAGCACCCACUCUGCAAUGACGACGCGAACGGUAACGUGCCGUUGGGCAAAUCGUGCAACCGCUACUGGCAGUGCCAGGGAGGCUACCCGCGUCUCCAGCGCUGUCCGGCCAUGCUGGUCUUCGACCGGCGCAGUCUGCGCUGUGUGGUGCCACCGACCGACGACUGUGACAUCCCCACCACGCCCGCUCCGUCCGAGUAUGACCAGGAGCAGUCAGUGCAGGGCAAGGGCAAUCCCAACGCCAUCCACCACUCGCUGAGCAACGCCGGGUCCGGCGGUCAGCAGGGCGGAAAGCUACACUCUGGCGGACGGAACAAGAACUAAAUCCGAAUCUCCGCACUCCGCACACUCUCCCCUUUCCGCCGCCACACAUGUGGGCCGUCCGGACGUCAGCGACCGGCUCGAGAGUUGUCCGGAACUACACGCGGCCGGAACUUUCUCGUCCAGAGCACCCACUGCUCCGGGUUCGUCCGGGUGCUGCACACGCCACACUUUCGCUUCCGUUCCUGUACCCAUUCUAAACUGCCGACACGUUCACGGAGCUUUCGGCAUUUCGACAAGUGAAAACUCUGCCACAAACAGGCCGCCGACGCCGACGAAUGCGUUCGGAAUGCGACAGCAAAACAAACACUUUUCCGGGCGGGAAAAUAGAGAAAAAGUAACAUAUACGCCGAAGCAAAUCGGAAACCGGAAAAACUUUGUUUGCUGUAAAUGUUUAGUGCGUGUUACGGUGGCGCACCACAAAGUAAAGACGGAGCGGGCAACUAACGAACGAACGAACGCAGUCCGGGGACCGUUUUUAAUUUAUCAAACAAUUUUGCGGACACGAUGAGUGAGCGUCUCUGGUUCCCAUUCGCCGCCCUUCUGCGACUUUCCCGAAAUUUGAUCCCACAUUUUCUCAGUUUCUCAUACACGCCUUCGGUACGAUCAGUUACACUUUACACCGAACUGUAAUUAUUUAAGAGCGCGUACGUAUGUUAAGACGAAGACAUCAUAAGACAAAUAAAGAGUAAACAUUUAA